AUGCACAUGUGUGAUGUGGUCUAUCUACGGCGUUUUGGAUUACGUUUUCUGCGGACUAUUGUGACAGCAUUCAGGCAGGUUUCUCGAAACCGAAUGGAUAGUGUUGAGACAGAUCUUGACCUGGAGUUCAAUGAGACUUCAACUGAACCUCUCCCUCAAAGCUCUGAAGUUGUGGAAACCUUGGUUAACGCCGUGAAUGACAACUCUUCAGGCUUUAAUGUGGACGUGCGCGUGGACUCCAUAGUUGUGACAAGUGCGCCUAACUCAACAGGCAUCCCCCAGUUCCGCACCAAUGAGACGUUUACGGCUGAUCUUUUGAAUUCCACUUCCGACGCCUUCCGUACCAGAUCCUCACUCCUCAAAAGAGAGCUUGAGCCGUUUUUCUUUGAAGACUUCCAGCCAGAUUUCAUCAGCCUCACACCAAGAAGCUUCAGCAAUGGAUCAAUUAUUCACAUGACGGACAUUAACGUGCCAUUCAACACCACAUUCCCCAAUGACGCGCAGAUUAUAGCCACCUUGACCAGAGCAGCGUUGAGUGGAAAUUUGUCAAUUACCAUCACCUUCAUCAAUGGCACAGGUAGGCAGACGUGCUACAGCUCCAAACAGGGCCUUAUUAUAGAAGGGGAAACUGUUCAAUAAGAGUGUGCCCUCAACAGCAAAAGCAAUAUCAGUUUGUUUGGGAUGAUCAAGAUGGUAAUGAUAUAGUUAGUGUAGUUGAAGUAAUGGAGCAACACUAUCAGAUAUA